CCCGGGAGCCCCCUUCCCCCCCGGCCCCGCUGAGCGCCCGAUCGGGGGACGGGGUGGAGGCCGGGGGGAGCGGGCCAGGGCCGGACCCACCGCCCUUUCCAAGCUGGUUUUGGCCCCCCGACCCCGGGGCGGGGAAAGAGCUCGUCUGGCCCGGACACUCAUUGGAAUAGGCUGCUGAGGCCGAGGCGAUGCGGCGCAGUGGUUCCAGGGGCCGAACCCCCCAGACUCCAGUAGCCCGACGCCAGGAGAUCUAUCAGGUGGCCGCCAGACUCCAGCCCGGCCAGGCCACCCGGCAAAGGACCAUAUUAGGGCUGCUCUCCGAAAACGGGCAGUACACAAAGGCAUUUGGACAGUGCCUCACAACAAUCAGGUGCUUCUCUGGAUCUGAAAAUGUCUGCCCUCCAGCUGGAAAGAAACCCCGAUCCAACUGCGUGGUCCACACGCCAACCAAACAAGGAUUCAGUAUCUACAUCGACAAGCCAGAACAGGAGGGGAGAAGUGGCUGCAGUUGCACGGUCAGAGAGAAGGCGGAGUGUGGCAGUGCCUAUGAAGCAAAGAGCAAGGCGGCGAAACCAAACCUCCACUUCCUGCUGGAUUUUAACACAGGUAACAUCUGUUGCCCGCAAGGUAUCCAGUUAAAACUCUGCAGCCGACGCCACCGUAGCACAGAAGCUUCUCCUACGGUGGUGGAUACAUCGCUUCAGUCACACCCAGAAGACUGUCGAGAUACCGGUCCCAAUGUAAUAAACGUGCCCGAAUACGGAGAGGAGAUUCACUGGUACCUCAGGGAAGCUGAAAUGAAGCACAGGCCGAAAGCCCACUACAUGCAGAAGCAGCCAGACAUCACCGAAGGAAUGCGCACCAUUCUGGUGGACUGGCUGGUAGACGUUGGGGAAGAAUAUAAGCUUCAAGCGGAGACACUGUACUUGGCCAUCAACUAUUUGGACAGAUUCCUUUCAUGCAUGUCUGUUCUCAGAGGGAAACUGCAGCUUGUAGGCACCGCAGCAAUCCUGUUAGCUUCGAAGUAUGAAGAGAUUUAUCCCCCAGAAGUAGAAGAAUUUGUGUACAUAACUGAUGAUACUUACAGCAAGUGGCAGCUGUUGAGAAUGGAACACUUGCUCCUGAAAGUACUAGCUUUUGACUUGGCAGUGCCAACGACCAACCAAUUUCUCCUCCAGUAUUUACAGAGGCAAGGAGUCUGUCUCAAAACCGAGAACCUGGCAAAGUAUGUAGCAGAGUUGAGUCUACUCGAAACCGAUCCAUUCUUGAAAUACGUUCCUUCACUUAUCGCCGCAGCGGCUUACUGCCUGGCCAACUAUAUUGUGAACCAGCAUUUCUGGCCAGAGACCCUCGCGGCGUUCACUGGUUACUCUCUGAGGGAAAUAGGGCCAUGCUUGAAUGAGCUGCACAGAGCGUGCCUGGACAUCCCCCAUCGCCUCCAGCAAGCUAUUAGAGAAAAGUACAAGGCCCCCAAGUAUAUGCACGUAUCCCUCUUGGAACCGCCCGCGUUUCUCCCUCUGCAAUAAUUACCCGAUCCAAACCGAAGCCCCGCCAACGAAGUACUUAACACCCCUGGGUCAACAGAGUUGGCCGAAAGAAGUCACAGGGCAGUUCAGGUCAUGGCUCAGCAGAAAGGUUUUCGUGGUCUCUAGCUUCAGUAGAUUGUAAUAUAAACUAAUUUUCUUAAAAAAAAAUAAACAACCCACCUUGUGAACGUACAAAAGCCAUCACUG